AUGGAUAUGUCCGACGAAACUUCUUCGAAUAUUUGUAAUAUAAAUUUCAGGAACAAAGAGAAAAAGGGAGGUCGUCCUUUAGGAGCUGUAUGGCUUCAUUUUAGCAGAAGCAGUACUGAGACUCCUGGAAAGUUUGGAGCAGAAUGCAAAUAUUGUUCCUCAAAGUGGAAACGCGCGGAAAUAUCUGCCUUAGAAGAACACUUAGCAAGCCAUUGUCCAAAUGUAUCUGCUCUUAUUUUACGCGAGGAACUUAAUAAAAGUGUCAUUGAAGCUUUAGUAGAACCCGAUGAUAUUGAAGAAGAGGAAGCUCAAUUUGAAAAUAAUAAUUUGCGACGAACAACGUCUGGUGACGUUAAUCCAAAUCACGAAGAUAUUAUUUUAACUGAAAAGCUUUGGAUUGAAGAAAAUGUUGAUUUAACAAGUCAAUUGGUAUUAGAAGGGAUUGACAAAAUACCUGAAGACGAUGACGAUGAUUUUAUU